GGUUCCGGCGUAAGGGCAAACCGUGAUGGCGGGGGUUAGUUCCGCUGCUGUGUCCAGGGCAGGGACCCCGGUGGCCGGUACCGCAGGCCGCGACCUCUUCGCCGAGGGGCUCCUCGAGUUCCUGCGACCUGCUGUGCAGCAGCUUGACUCUCACGUUCACGCCGUCAGAGAGAGCCAGGUAGAGCUGCGGGAACAAAUUGACAACCUAGCUACUGAACUGUGUCGUAUCAAUGAGGAUCAGAAAGUAGCCCUGGAUCUCGACCCCUAUGUGAAGAAGCUACUUAAUGCCCGGCGACGAGUUGUCUUGGUUAACAACAUUCUACAGAAUGCCCAGGAACGGCUGAGGCGGCUAAACCACAGUGUUGCCAAGGAAACAGCCCGAAGAAGGGCAAUGCUGGAUUCAGGAGUUUACCCCCCUGGCUCCCCAAGCAAGUAGCAGGCCAAAAGAUGGUCCCAUGGC